AUGUACCCUCGUGGCGCGUCUCCAGGCAAGGCUCUAGCUCCUCGCGACAGGUAUGGUUCAACUGCCCAAGCCAUGACCUCCCAGGAAGGCCAGGUGGAUGAGAGCGCGAGAGGCUGCGAUCCUGUCCUUGUAAUAACGCUCAAACGUGCAGGGAAAGCCAAAGAGCGUGGUCAUCCUGACGCUACCCUAAACGAAGAAAGAGCCAUGAAUUCUGCGUGGACAACACUGUGGUUCGUCGUUAUGGCAUCUGCGGUUAAUCGCGACCGGUUUUGCGAGAAGACGGAGAACACUCGCGUAACCGGAACUAUUGUCUUCAGCAAAAUGAUGAAGAGCCUAAUGCAGUGCAGCGGCAUGUGUUUGCACUUUGAGGCUGAGUGCGAGGCGUUCACUGUCCAGCCGGAGAACAGCGGACUCAUCUGUGAGGUCAUCAAGGACAUUGGCGGGCCGGAAAAUGUUGCAGGCGUCCACACCUACUGCCUCCCGCAAACUACGACAACGUUAACCUCCACGACCAAUACAGAAACUACGACAACGGUAACCUCCACGACCACUACAGUGACAACUACUACUACUCCAGAUCCCCUGAUAGUAGAUGGCUGGAUUAAAUACCCAGAAAAUAGGUACUACAAGUCAUUUACAGAACUGGAUUGGUGGGGCUCAUCAACUAGCUGUUUACCCCCUUCGAGAUUCUUCAUACCAGAAUCAUGGAAUGAAUUUAUCACUGUCGCUGAUUCGAUGGACGUUGCGGGUGUUGGUAGCAAGCAGUGGAUCGGUGCGAAAUAUAAUGAAACUGAACCCGAAAAAAGAGAGCUGGGAACUUUGCACUGGGCUGACGGAUCAGAUAAUUUCACAGGCUUCAUACGGAAUGAUGGUGAUACUUCAAAGAACUGCGCAUAUAUGGAAAAGGGCAGGCACGAACUGAAGUUUGAAAAGUGCUCUAACACAGAAAAACAUCUUUGUCAGAUAAUACAGUGAAAAUACAAAACAACCCUCACUGAAUACUGGGAUGGACAUAAGUAGAAAUAUAAAUAAUACAACAUGUGUGCUGAGAAGAAUUUGCAGUAGAAAUAACUGAAACGCUUAUGUCGAUUUAUUUAGCAAGGAAGACAGAACGUUAGUCAGAGUGUAGAUCCGGAAAUAAUGUUUAACUGUUAAUGUGCCUGAGAUUCUGCCUCAAAGGCGGACAGUUUUUUAUUCUGACUAUAUACAUACAUACAUGAAGUAUAUGUACAUGUAUAUCCACACCCACUCACACACCCCCACACACACACACACACAUA